UAUUAGAAAGGAGAAAGAAAGGGAAGCAAAUCCCAAGCACGGCAAUUGAAAGCACACAUGCUUAACAAAAAACAUUCAAAAUUAUAUUGAAGUGUACAACGUAUUCCAAAGUAUCACAAAGAGAACACAACCCCAGGAAAUUGAUUGUUAGACACCAGUAUCUUAGGAAUGAAUUUGAGUUUGUAUGUGAUUGUGAGUUUAGCGUAUCUCCAUUAAGAAAAACAUUUUAGUUUUGCUUAUCACUGUGUUCACAGAAAAGUGGAUACUUUAAUAUACUUUAGGUAGAAGCAAUGUUGCAUGGGGUAUUAAGACAAUCAGAGUCAAAUCUGGUCAAAUUACCCAACUAAGCAUUAGUUCUUCUCUAUAAACUGUGAGUAGUACCAACCUUGCAGAGUUAGCAUGGGGAUUAAAAUCGGUCUGUCACAGAAAGGGCUUAGCCCUGUGCCAAUACAUAGUAAUCAUUCAAUAAAUCUUUAUGAAAAUCAUCAUCAUCAUUAUCCAGAGGCUAAAACAUACCAAAUUUUAAAAAAAUGUUUUUCUUUAACAUAAAAUUCUGUAUAUUUUAUUUCUUUUAAAUAUGGGACAUAAAAACACCAGGACAGGUAUUUAAGGACAGCGCUAACUUCAUGAUUACAAUUUUUAUUUGGCAAAUUUCUCCAAAAGCACUAGAUGGCGAUCUUCUCCUUUGAGAAAAAUAAAAAAUUAAAAACAACCCAACUAAGGUUUCAUGAAUACUUAUUCUUUGACAUUAUUAGUGUUAUAGAUUUAGAAGCAACGAAGGGUAAUGUCACAUCUUUGAACACCGGACCAUCAGAAUAGUAGAAUUUCUAGAUUUUGUGGUUCUAACCCAGGAACUGCAUGGUAGGGAAAUCACUCUUCAUGGGUAUUAGGUGUCCUGGAUUCAAACUCUGCCCUUGGGUAAUCUUGGACUGCCCCUUCCAAGAUCUCUCUUUGCUUCUUAAAAUAAUAAGUGGUUGAGUUAGAUCAUCUUUAAAAUUUUAGCUCUACUAUGCUAUGACUUUUAAUAACUCAAUGUUUAUUCUUUUACCAGGAUGUCUGUUCUCAUGCUUUCCUGUGCUCUAAAUUAAAUAUUUCUUAAGCCAGUAGACAAGAUUUAAAGUCACUAGGUAUUAGCAUUAAGUUAAAAUGGCCAUAUUCAGAAAUAAGUUUUAUUUUGGAAAACAGAGAUGAAUUUAGGGUUUUGAGGUGUGUGUAUGAAAUUGUGAUUUAAAUGUUAUAUUUUUUCCCAUCUGCAGGAGAAACAAAUUUGAAUAGUUUCUUCAUUUAAGAUUGUAUAGACUUGGAUAAAAUCUUUUAAGAGUCAUUUUAACCCUAUUUUUCUUUCUUCCAUAAAUAAGUUGAAGCUAUGCCUGAUUAAAGGUUCUUAUGUAUUAUUUUUACAUGUUAAUUAUUUUAGUGUUUCUCAAAGGAUGAUAGCAGAUUAAGUUCACAGAUAGAAACAACAGAAUAGUUAACUAUUAAUAACACAGAAAAUCUUUCUCAAAUAUGAGUAGAUGGAGCCAGACUUGAACAUCUGGUGCUAUUAAGAAAUUCAGAUGAGGUUUAAAAUAUUUUUAAUUUAAGAAAAUCAGAUGAGUAGAUAUUAUAGUAAAUAAUGAAGAAAUCCCCAGAAUAAAAUUUAUUUAUAAACAAAAGUAUAUAACUGUUUUUACCUUAGUUGUUUCAGAGAAGAUGGAAGGAUUUGUUUUUGUAAGUUGCCAGUAAUUAUAUUGUACAUUGAUUUGACUUUUUCUUUUUAAGUUACUGUUUCAAAAUUCUUUGGUAUCUCAGUUGCAACUGUUUUUCUCAUUUUAAAAAAGCUUUACUAAGUUGUUGAUCAUAAAGAAAUACUUCUGUCUCUCACACACACCAAGAUAAACUCUUAAAGUGAUUCAUGUUAUGAAAAGUUCUCUCUGUGACAUAUACACUAUAAAAAAAGGGAGGGUAGGAAUUAGCAAACACUGUGGCUGUAAUGGGUAGAACAAUCCCUUUAACACAGGGUAGGUGAUGGGAACACAGGUAGACCAGAUACACAGAUGAUUAUGGAGGCAAGUUCUCACCAGACUGGACCCGGGAGGGUGACCCAGCAGUUUGGUACCGCAGGCCGUCCCUUCAGAACCAUGGGGUGACGACUUGGAUGCUCCAUAUAUGAAAUUUAACGGUAGUAGAUGAAAUAAAAUACAGACUCUUAAGAAGUUCACAAUCAACGCCUGGCCUUUCUUUUUUUCAGUAAACAUCUGGAUUACCAUAUGUUCAUCCAACUUCUUCACCUUCAAUUUUAGUUCACAAUUUCCAGUAAAGUUUCAUGUUGAAAAAAAUCUGGAACUACUAUGGCUCUGUCAUUCUUAUUACUUAGGGUCACAAGCAGGGGACUUCACAGAACGAACAUACACAUACCCCUUAGGCGUCUAGAGCAGAAAAGAAGUAAAAGGUGAAAGCAAAGAUGAAUUUGUGCAGGUUAUUGUCUAAGGGCAGUUUAAUAUUUAUGAAAUGUCUUUUUCUCUCACACACUCUCACACACUCACAUACACUUUAGGAUCCAGUUACAAGCGCUGCGUCAUCCUCCAGAUCACAUGGUAAUUGUUGCUAUUUCAAGGAUCAAGUGGCAUAAAGCUCCCCCCGCCCGCCUCGCCCCCCUUCCCCUGGUACCACGGACCGUGGAAAGUGACUUUCGUGUGAUGGAGUGAGACCAGGCUCUCUGAUCAGCCUCAGCUAGAAACUGGGCUCGGCGGCGGGGCGGCGCGCGUGUUCUCACGGAGCGGCUGGGAAGGGGACGGAGGAGGGGGUCUCAGGGGAGGACGGGCAGCUCUAAUUGGUUUCUCAAUGAAAGAUAAUCACCUAUCCCCCGGAGAGGCUGGGGAUUAGCACUCUGCCUCUCCCCUCCACCGCCGUUAGACGUCUCAUCCUCCCCUCGGCGCUUCCAGUGCGUCCAGCAGGAGCGGGUCGAGGGCAGCCUCGCCGCCCGCACUCGGCGCCCGUCGCUCCCUCCGUGCUCGCCUCUCCCGGCCGCGUCCCGCCGCCGCCGCCGCCCGGGAAAAAGUUUCGCGGAGGGGCUGGGGAAAAUGAGCGAGCUGGAGGAAGACUUCGCCAAGAUUCUCAUGCUCAAGGAGGAGAGGAUCAAAGAGCUGGAGAAGCGGCUGUCAGAGAAGGAGGAGGAAAUCCAGGAGCUGAAGAGGAAGCUCCACAAAUGCCAGUCGGUGCUGCCAGUGCCCUCGCCCCACAUCGGCCCGCGGACCACCCGGGCGCAGGGCAUCUCGGCCGAGCCGCAGACCUACCGGUCCUUCCACGACCUCCGGCAGGCGUUCCGGAAGUUCACCAAGUCCGAGAGGUCCAAGGAUCUUAUAAAGGAAGCAAUCCUUGACAAUGACUUCAUGAAGAACUUGGAGCUGUCACAGAUCCAGGAGAUUGUGGAUUGUAUGUACCCGGUGGAGUAUGGCAAAGACAGCUGCAUCAUCAAAGAAGGCGAUGUGGGGUCCCUGGUGUAUGUCAUGGAAGAUGGGAAGGUUGAAGUUACUAAAGAAGGUGUUAAGUUGUGCACCAUGGGCCCAGGAAAAGUGUUUGGGGAGUUGGCUAUUCUUUACAACUGUACCCGGACAGCGACCGUCAAGACUCUUGUAAAUGUGAAACUCUGGGCCAUCGACCGACAAUGUUUUCAGACAAUAAUGAUGAGGACAGGACUCAUCAAGCACACGGAAUACAUGGAAUUUUUAAAAAGCGUUCCAACAUUCCAGAGCCUUCCUGAAGAGAUACUCAGCAAGCUUGCUGAUGUCCUUGAAGAGACCCACUAUGAAAAUGGGGAAUAUAUUAUCAGGCAGGGUGCAAGAGGAGAUACCUUCUUUAUCAUCAGCAAAGGAAAGGUAAAUGUCACUCGUGAAGACUCACCAAGUGAAGACCCAGUCUUUCUUAGAACUUUGGGAAAAGGAGACUGGUUUGGGGAGAAAGCCUUGCAGGGGGAAGACGUGAGAACAGCGAACGUAAUUGCCGCAGAAGCUGUGACCUGCCUUGUGAUUGACAGAGACUCUUUUAAGCAUUUGAUUGGAGGGCUGGAUGAUGUUUCUAAUAAAGCGUAUGAGGACGCUGAAGCUAAAGCAAAAUAUGAAGCUGAAGCUGCUUUCUUCGCCAACCUGAAGCUGUCUGACUUCAACAUCAUUGACACCCUUGGAGUCGGAGGUUUCGGACGAGUGGAACUGGUCCAGUUGAAAAGCGAAGAAUCCAAAACAUUUGCAAUGAAGAUUCUCAAAAAACGGCACAUUGUAGACACCAGACAGCAGGAGCACAUCCGCUCUGAGAAGCAGAUCAUGCAGGGGGCUCAUUCCGAUUUCAUAGUGAGACUGUAUAGAACAUUUAAGGACAGCAAAUAUCUUUAUAUGCUGAUGGAAGCUUGCCUAGGUGGAGAGCUCUGGACCAUUCUCAGGGAUAGAGGUUCGUUCGAAGAUUCUACAACCAGAUUUUACACAGCAUGUGUAGUAGAAGCUUUUGCCUAUCUGCAUUCCAAAGGAAUUAUUUACAGAGACCUCAAGCCAGAAAAUCUCAUCCUAGAUCACCGAGGUUAUGCCAAACUGGUUGAUUUUGGCUUCGCAAAGAAAAUAGGGUUUGGAAAGAAAACAUGGACUUUUUGUGGGACUCCAGAGUAUGUUGCCCCAGAGAUCAUCCUGAACAAAGGCCAUGACAUUUCAGCUGACUAUUGGUCCCUGGGAAUCCUAAUGUAUGAACUUCUGACUGGCAGCCCGCCUUUCUCAGGCCCAGAUCCCAUGAAGACCUACAACAUCAUCUUGAGGGGGAUUGACAUGAUAGAAUUUCCAAAGAAGAUUGCCAAAAAUGCUGCUAAUCUAAUUAAAAAACUAUGCAGGGACAACCCGUCAGAAAGAUUAGGGAAUUUGAAGAAUGGAGUAAAAGACAUUCAAAAGCACAAAUGGUUUGAGGGCUUUAACUGGGAAGGCUUGAGAAAAGGCACCUUGACACCUCCUAUAAUACCAAGUGUGGCGUCGCCCACAGACACGAGCAAUUUUGACAGUUUCCCUGAGGACAACGAUGAACCACCGCCUGACGACAACUCAGGAUGGGACAUAGACUUCUAAUGUAUUUCUCUCACCUGCUUCUGCCUUGCUGAAGACAGCUUUUCCUGAGACACAGCUGCCAGCAAACCUGAGGGAAAGAGAGAAGAUUAGUGCUCGGGGUCACCAUGAUGCCUUGGACCGAUGCUGCUCCAGGAACUACAGUGGCAUUAGGACUUACCGCUUAAAUGACAGUAGUGCUCUUUACAUGUUUUCUGUUUGAACCUAACGUAGCAGUUGACAUGGUGGUCCUGAAGCCAAGCCUUUCACCAGUAAAGAGAUGUUUUCUAUUGUUGCAAUGAUCUUGCUUUGCUCUGAUUAUAAUUUGAAAGGCUGUAGGAAACACUUCAAUCUAGUAAAAGAGAAUGUACCUUGCUGGAAUAUCCAAGAAGAUGAAAGAAUAAUAUAUUGGGUACGAUAGAUUACUAUGGUACAGAAACUGGGCUAUUCCCUUUUUUCAAGUGAAGGUUGCGGGAUCUAUUAUUGCAAGCUGGUAUAUACACCAUACAAGAGGACCACACAUCUGUUGGCCACAGAGUUCAUGUCAAACCAGUGCUAGAAGUUUUACCAUUUUAUUUCCCAGUAGUGCUGAUGACAAGACUGAAUGUUACCUUUUCUUUCUGACAGAUUUUAAAAAUUGAUAUGAUAAAAGCACAACUGCUAUGGAUUCUGCUGAGACCUCUUAUAGCAGGUAUAUAUGUGUUCUCAUGGAGGAUUGAAAAAUAAUGCAUGAUUUCUUUUCUUUUUUGAUAAAUUGGCAUGACAGAGUGGGAAAAAAGGCAACUCACAAAACCAUUUAAUUUAAAAAAAUAUAUUCUGUCAAAGAUGGGUCCUGGAAGUAAAUGACUAGCAGCCAAUUGGUUUUAUUUAUUACCUAACAUACCCUCAAACUGAGGCUUAAAGUAUUCCCUUUUAUAAAAAUAAACCCUUGGGGUGGAGUGGGGUUGGGAGGGAUUAAAACUGAUCCAAAAAAUAAAUUAAAAACUAUAUAGGUGCUAUGUAUAUCUUUCAUCUGUAAAUGUCAGUGUCUGAACAGACAACAUAAAUUCUAAUCAUUACAUGUGUAGCCAGAGACUCAAGCAUUUCCAGUAAAUUUAUUAAAUCAAACUUCUGUCAGAUUUCACUUAUACAACACAGUCUAGGGUUGAGGGACAAAGGUGAUUAAAAACUCAUUUAAACCAGCUUCUUGUCUUAGGCCUGAACCAAAAAAUACCAAAUUAAAAUUUAAAAAUGAAGAAAAAAGGCAAAUAUAGAAAGCAUAAAGUCAAAAACGAUUUACCAGACCAGGAGGAGGAACCUUCCUUCCUGGAGGUCGGGGAAGAAGACCAGACCCAGGUGUGGAUUACCUUUUUUGUGAAUGAGCCCAUGUGAGAGUCCACUUACUUGUAGAGAGGAAAUCGGGAAGCUGAUUUUUUAAAAAUAAAUUUUAGCUAAAAAGGAUAGAGAUAUUACAAUCCUGAAAUUUCAUCAUUCCUAGGAAAGACUAGAUUUUGCACAUAUCAAUCCUAUUUGUUUUCUUCACAUGGGGAAAAGAAUCAGCAAAUUAAACUGGGUCCUUGGGUGACAGGCUAGCAGCUAUCAUAAGUAACAUGGUCAUGAGGGAGCUUUUCCUGGACAAUAUCAUUGUACCUACCCAUGAAAGUACAUAACUUUUCAAGUUGUCAUCCCAAUUUAGAACUGAGAAUGAAUUUGGUAUGUAAAAUUGAGGUUUGCUUUAUUUCAAUAGAAAGUUGUUUUUGUUAUUUUUAAUCAACUGUGGACAUUUCUACAAAAAAGAUAAGUAUGUCUCAUCGGAUCAUUAUACCCUAGCCAAGGAGGCAUGUAUUAUGAAUUUAGUUUGAAUUUGUUACACUUAAAACUACUUUAGAAUAUGAUAUCUUAUCAGAAUAUAAUACUCUAAAAGAGUUUGGAGGAGAAAAGUGCUAAGGGUAUCAAAUAUAAUUGGAAAACCCUUAAAUUAAAACUUUGAUCCUGGUCAAGCAAAAUGGCUCACACCUGAAAUCCUAUUACUCUGGGAGACGGAGGCAGGUGAACUGCUAGAGCUCAGGAGUUUGAGGCCAGCCUGAGCAAGAGUGAGACUCCAUCUCUACUAAAAAUAGAAAAACUAGCCAGGUAUGGUGGGUGCCUGUUGUCCCUGUUACUGGAGAGGCUGAGGCAAGAGGAUUGCCUAAGCCCAAGCAUCUGAGGUUGCUGUGAGCUAUGCACACCCUACCCAGGGUGACAGAGUGAGACUCUGCCUCAAGAAAAACAAUCAAAAAACAAAACAACAAAAGGAAAACUUUGAUCCUGAGAUCUUAUUGUUAUUUUUGUGUUAUUAGAGUUUUCCCUCCCUUACAGUUUCAUAAAAUCAAUCUGUUCCCCCCAAGAUUUACACUCUCUUCUACAGAUUUUAGAAAACACAAAUAUGUCAAGCUGAAAUCCAACUAUGAAUGCUAUUUCAAAAAUUUUAUAUUUCUUUUAAUUGGACUUUUAAAAAUAUACAAUUACAACAUUAUAGUCAAUGUUCAUCAACUUUUGUUGAAUGAUAGCGUGGUUUAAGCUUGCUUGCUAGAAUUUUAAAUUUUCCUCGUCAUUAGGAAGGAGAAUCUACUCCUAUAACUUUUCAAAUAUCCCCAAAGUCCCAGAGAUAAGCAAUUACUGUGGAUUUUGGAGCUAUGGUUCAAGUCUAAGACAACCCAAUCUGAAUAAAUUCUACGGAGAAGGAAGAAGUAGCAUUCAGCACAAUGUGACUGUAGAUCGUUCCUCCCAUUUGUUCCUGCAUCUUUGUUCAUUUCACCAGUGGCAUUGCAUUAGGAUGUCUAAAGCACUCACUAGAAAAAUAAAGGUGAACUGCAUCUUCCAUGAAUUACUAACAGAAAGCAUUCAUCUAAUUUUCAACAUUGCAUUUAAAGGAUUUAAAUCUUGUCUUAACAAAGAUGCUAGGGCUAUAAUUCGUGGUCAGUUACCUAAAGUGCAUCUCACUUUAUUUAUGGAUUUUUCAUCCCCCCUCUAUUUUCUUACACUAAAAAACAUCCGGGUAAGUUAGAAUAGUGCCAACUUAAUUUGAUUUGUUAACUGACUUUCUUUUUAAUACUUUAAGAAUGGGAAAUAAGGGCUUUUCUGUGUGUCUUGACUCACAGGAAAAUUGAAAACUGCCAAGGAAAGGAACAUCAUAAUAUUUGAUACAGAUUGAAUACGGGAGAGAAAAUGAUUUCUGGAAAAUUUCUAUAAAUGAUUUUUAUGUUUAUAUCUUCUUUCUUAUUAAGAUAUGAAUCAGAUCCUACAGCAUUUAGAACAAAUUUGAUUUUAUUCUUUACCAGUCAUAAUUUUUACUUAAAACUGUGGAAUAUGCAUGUGAAUUACACAUGUAUAAUAAUAUAUAAACUCAACUAUUGAAUUUUUCUUGUUUUAUUUCCGAAUGACUAAACUGAUAAUGAACUUCAAUUUAACAAAGUCAGCUACCAUAUUGAAAAAUAGGGUACUAGAACUGAUUUCAUACAAUAGAGGUGAUCUGUGCAUUAUUCAUAACAACAUUUUCUUUCACAAUAGGACCACAGACAAAUAUUUAUGUAAAUAGAUAUUUUUGUGUGAUAUUUUGUGGUACAUGUAACUUUUUUUAGUGUUUCACAGCAUUAUUAUUUCAUUUUAUUUGUACUGAAUAAUGUUUUUAGGUCCAAGUAGACUUGAAUUAAUGUCAUAAUUGUCAGUAUUAUUGAAAAUUAUGUCAACUGUACUGUUAUUCAUCUGUCCCAUAGUUUAGAACAUGACCUGGCUGUCUGGCAUUGUUGCAAGUGCCUUAAAUUCAUGGCAUCCUAUUAAAAAAACAAAUUUGGUGUUAUGCUGCAUGACAGAGACAAACACACCUCAAAAUGUUGUCCUUUCUUAGCUUGCUGCGUUUUACAGUUCUUUCUGCUGAAAAUUUCUAAGCCUUUAUUAUAUAAUAUUGAUGAAUUACAGAAAUGAUGAAGUUGUUCUCUUAUUUCUGUUAAAUGUACCAGAGCUGUGUAUCUGUUAAUGAGAUACAGCGUCAUUUCUGUGAAAUGUAUAAAUGUAUGUGCAGGUCCAAUUAAUAUAUGACAUACUAUCAGUCUGUAUACAGGUAUUCCUGUUUUGCUAAGCUGUGCAGAUUCUGUAAAAAAAAAAAAAAAGAAAAAUUAGUGCAGUUGAGUUCUAACAUAUCUCGUUUUAUAGACUCCAUUAACAAUGGUUCAACCCAGAAGAAAAAUUGGAAGGGACUGCUAACCACACCUCGUUCUGAAACCAAUGAUGAAAAAAGUACCUUGGUGCACCACUCAACAAAACAGGAUGCUUUCUCUGAGUUCUUGUAUAUGCAAGUCAUUUAUGAGGCAAGUUUCCAAUCGACCUAGAAAGCAAAACAUUGAAAGUGUGUUGUGAGCCCUCCUCUCUAUCUGCCCCUGCACCAACAGACAGCUCUGGGACCUUGACAAUGACUCGGAGAUUGGGGCUUUCUGAGUAAAGGGACAUUUCUUUAAGCAUCAUCUACCCAAUUUAUUUCAAUAUAUGAUGUUUUUACAACUGGUCAUUUCUUUUGUACUCUUACAGCUAUGGUUAUUUGAUUGUCCUCUUACAAUUUGUUCUACAUGAAAGAGUCCUUUGUUAGUCAGAAUGCAACAAACUGUCAUCAAAUGGUCACUGACCACUUGCACUCUUUUGAUGUAGAUUAAAAACUUUUUCAUAAACUUAACCUGCUUUGAUUUGCUCUGUAUUUUUCCUGCAGCUGUAAUUGCCGAGUGCCUGUUGUAUACUUUAUAGAGUUGAAAUAAAAAAAUUACUUUUGAA